UGCUCUCUCAUUUCAUCUCACACGCACACAAGCACAUACACUCGCCUCUCCUGCAUCCUUCCUCAUCUUCAUACUGAGCGCAUCUUCCUCCGGAGCACCGCGGUUGUGUUUUAAGGACAGUAAUGCAUUCAGAGAACCCAACCUCAGUAAUGAGACGGCAAAGCUAAUGAGACGCCAGUGAGACUGACAAAGCCAGAAACGCUGCAAUCAUCAAGUCUUCAUAUUAAAGAAACAGAAUGGAGGAUCUACCGUCUUGAUGGUCACCAUGCAUAUAUACCCACGAUGUGUUGACCUACCAGUGUAGAUGCCACCAAGACUUUCCGUCUUCCACAUAAGGACGCCCAUUCUCCCAUACUGCCCCCUGAUUGUCUGAUCCAACAUGCCGAACCUCCAUCUGUUGUGACAGAAGUUUGGCGGCAGCAUGCGUCCGUGGGUGGGCUCGUGGCGCUGGAUCGCGCUCAUUCUGCUGGCCUGGGGGACAUUGCUUUUUUAUAUUGGAGGUCACCUGGUUAAGGACAGCGAACAUGCGCCGCGCUCGAGCCGUGAGCUGGCGAAGAUCCUCACCAAGCUGGAGAGACUCAAACAGCAGAAUGAAGAUCUCCGCCGGAUGGCCCAGUCGCUACGGAUUCCAGAAGGGCAGUCGGAUGGACCAAUAUCAUCAGGAAGACUGCGAUCACUUGAGGAACAGCUGAGCCGAGCCAUACAGAAGAUCCACAGUUUCCAAAGACUGUCUGCAGAAGUGGGUCCGGGUCGAGACCAGGAAGAACUCAGGAGAAAGGUGGAGAAUGGAGUGAGAGAAUUGUGGUAUUUUAUUCGCAGUGAGAUACAGAAGCUGAGUCAUGUAAACCCGACCGAACGACAAAAACAAACUGACAUGCUGCUUCAGGACCUGGGACAUCAACAGAGAACGAUUAUGACAGACCUGUACCAGUUGAGUCAGGUAGAUGGAGCUGAUGAAUGGAGAGAGAAAGAGGCCCGAGAUCUUUCCAGCCUGUUGCAGAACAGAAUCUCCUACCUGCAGAACCCGCAGGACUGCAGUAAAGCCCGUAAGCUGGUGUGUAACAUUAAUAAGGGCUGUGGAUACGGCUGUCAGCUUCAUCACGUGGUGUACUGCUUCAUGAUCGCUUACGGCACACAGAGAGUUCUUAUUCUGGAGUCACACAACUGGCGUUACGCUUCCAAUGGCUGGGAGACGGUCUUCCGACCCGUCAGCGACACCUGUACGGACCGAUCCGGAGCCACAACCGGACACUGGUCAGGUGAAGCUCAUGACCGUGAUGUUCAGGUGGUGGAGUUGCCCAUCGUUGACAGUCUACACCCCAGACCACCGUACCUCCCUCUCGCUAUCCCAGAAGACCUAGCGCCCCGAUUACAGCGGCUGCACGGCGACCCGUCCGUCUGGUGGGUGUCACAGUUCGUCAAGUAUCUGGUCCGCCCACAGGCAUGGCUGGAGAAGGAGAUCCAGGAAACGGGUGUCAAACUGGGCUUUAAACACCCCAUUGUUGGCGUCCAUGUCAGACGAACAGAUAAAGUUGGGACAGAAGCUGCGUUUCACCCCAUAGAGGAGUACAUGGCACACGUGGAGGAACAGUUCCAGUAUAUAUCUCAGCGCGUCCAUGUGGAUAAAAAACGAGUAUAUCUGGCCACCGACGACCCCUCGCUGUUACAGGAAGCUAGAACCAAGUACACUGACUAUGAGUUCAUCAGUGAUAACUCCAUCUCUUGGUCAGCGAGUCUGCACAACCGUUACACAGAGAAUUCUCUCCGAGGCGUCAUACUUGACAUCCACUUCCUGUCGCAGACUGACUUCCUGGUUUGCACAUUUUCCUCACAGGUGUGCCGUGUGGCUUACGAAAUCAUGCAGACUCUUCACCCGGACGCCUCAUCUUUCUUCCGUUCUUUGGAUGAUAUUUACUACUUCGGUGGACAGAACGCACACAACCAAAUCGCCAUCUACCCGCACGAGCCCCGCGCAGCCGACGAUAUCCCGCUGGAGCCCGGAGACGUCAUCGGUGUCGCAGGAAACCACUGGGACGGAUACUCCAAAGGGGUCAACCGUAAACUGGCCCGCACAGGCCUCUACCCGUCCUACAAAGUCAAGGAGAAGAUUGAGACGGUGAAAUACCCCACUUACCCCGAAGCGGACAAGCUGCUGAGCUUAUAGAAAACAAAUGAGACACGGACGAAUAAACUUACAGAGGCUCGCCUGAUAAAAGGGACACUUCUUUUACUCGAAUCGGACUGAGGUUUGUAUAAAUUGCAUAAUGAUUUCAUUGACUGCUGUGAAACUCAAGAGUCACAACAGAGCGUUUGCCUGGAAAGGGUAUUGACGCUCAGAUCGGCAGCAAAUUAACUACUGAUUUUGUAAUUAUUUGAAGUGUUUUUUUAUAUUAUCUUCCUUUGUAUGGGAGAACCUCACAAAACCUGUCAAGAACAUGUCCAGGUCAUAUUUCGCCUCAAAAUCAACAGAAAAUCUGAUAUAGUAUAUAUGUAUUAGGCACGAGAUCAAGAAUUUUAAGUGUCGAUCAUCAGACAUUUUUCCAGAUGAUUAUCGAUUUAUAUCUGCAUUUUUUCAGAUAUAAAUAAGGCUAAUUGUUGCACAAUAGAGCGCAACAGUGCCCGCCCACUAAUUCAGCCGUAUUGGUUCCGGAAGUAAUUUUCCCAUUCAUUUCUUCCAUAGACUUUUCAUAAAAUCCUUCAUAAAAGAGUUGUAAGCCAUGAACCAAACCAACCAGCUCUGAGGUAAAUCACAACUUCACAAACUUUGUUUUGAGGCAAAAACGUACAAAAAGACAACGGUACAAGACUGUUCUUACCGUCAUUCACAAGGGCACGGACUACAAUCCCAUGAAGCAUUGCAAAUGAAGUCAUUGUGUAAAAAAAUGAUGGGAAUAUAUAAAACUAUUGAUUUUAUGUUAUUGAUUAUAAGUAUAGAAACAAAAUUGUGCAUUUAUAUGAAAAUAUUCUGAUAUGGUUAAUUAGAUAAGUAGUUUAAGGGUGAAGAGACACCGACUCGAUUAUGUCAUUCACAGUGCGUCAUGGGAGUGGGCAGUCGCUUCUGGUCUUAUUUUGCAGGCUCCGUUGGCCGCAGUUCUCUGAUUGGUGAAGCUUUCUCUGCUGGAACAUGGGUAAUGUAGUUGUUUACCGUGAAUUCCAUUAUCAGACACGAUUUUUAUACAAUGAAGUUGAAAUAACGCUUCAACAGUAUCAUGUACCAUCCAAGAACAACCUCGUAGCUCACGGUAGGUCUGCCUCUAAAGGUUUAUAAGUUAUCAUUGAAAAUUAAUUUGUCUAUGGGAUAAAUUAAUGGGAUUUCUACUUCUGGAACCAAACUGUUGCGCUCUAUAGUCUUUGUCUCUUCACACAUAUUUCUCAACACAACUUUGGUAAAGUGUGAGUGGCAGGGAAGAUUAAAGGGGGUCACACACCGGACGUCUCUGGUGGAAAACAUGGCACGUUCUAAAAUUCGAAACAAUUAUUUUCUAUGAAGGUUUGCACCACUGGCACCUCUAUUUUAAUUGUUCAGGUUUUGCAGUUACAUCAUACACUAACCUGCAAACUCAUCAACGUCUCUUUGUUCACUUUUGAAGUUUUGUGUGUAUGGUGACAAGAUUAACAACUUUGGACUGCCACCUGCACUGCAUCGACUCGUCCUGUGCUUUGUCCUACCCGUGACCGGCUUCAGUAUUAAGUACAGUAAAUGUUAUGUCACCCCCUUGUGGUCUCCCAAAGCUAUUACACCAGACUAUAUUAAAUGUAAGUCAAACUGACUGUGACUUGGAAAGCACAAAUUAGGCUUCCAAUUUAAAUGUCGGCUAAUGUUAAUAAACUGAUGCCUCAAAAAAGUAUCGAGAAAAUAACAUGCUGGUCAAUAAUCGAUGCAGCGAUAUUUUAUGAUG